CAGAUUUUAAAAUGGAAAAUUUCAUCUGGCAACCCUGAUUCCAGCUCCUCAAUUUGUUGUUUUGCCGAAAAUUUAGUUGAAAUAGGAAAAGAAACCACCAAUGGCCGAUUCUGAGGACGAGUACGAUCGCAAGCGGCGCGACAAGUUCCGCGGGGAGCGCAGUGACAGCUACCGGACAGAGCGCCGUGACGAGCGGCGGCCAGUGGGCGGUUCGGCGGGAGCCCGGGACGAGUGGUCGGAGCGCAAUCCCUUCAGGGGCGGCGCUUCCGCAGGAGGCGGCGGCGGAGGAGCCCGUCACAGGCCCGACUACAGUGACUAUCGUGGUCCGGGGCCAAGGACACGCUAUGGAUCCCCCGGCCGGGAUUUGCCCCCUGCCAAACGAAUGCGUCCGGACUGGGGCGAUGGAGAUGUGCGCGGUAAUCCCCGGUUCGGUGCAGGCUAUGAUCCCUAUCUGAUGCAGGCCUGGAACGAUCACUACCAGUCGAUACACUCGGCAUACUCCCAUGCCGGUCACGUGCCACCGGCGAGGGAGCCCAUUAGCAGCGGCGGGGAUACGCUAACCCAGCCUGCAAUGCUCACCCUGAAGCAGUUCCUGGACACGCAGGAUGAGAACAUUUCCGACUCGGAGGUCAUGCGCAAGUACACCGAGUACAAGACGGACUUCAAGCGCCAACAGUUGAACGAGUUUUUCGUGGCCCAUAAGGACGAGGAAUGGUUCAAAAACAAAUACCACCCAGAGGACAGUGUCAAACGUAGCGAAGAGCAGCGUGGUUUCCUAAAGAGACGUACUGAUGUCUUCGUGGAGCUACUCAAUAACGGUUCUAUUGACGCCGUCAAAGUGGACUCCUCCCAGGCCGAUGCCCUCAUUCGUGUGCUGGACACUUGUGUCAUCAAGCUAGAGGGCGGAACCGAUGAGGACCUCAAGGUGCUUGACGAGAAGCCCAAAGAGCCGCCAGUCUACGAACGAAAACUGGAUGCUGCUGACUCGGCCAAGGUGACUGAUGACCAGAGCAAGAGUCCCAAAAAAGAGAAGGAUGAUUCUUUGCCGCUGGUGGUUUCGCCACAACGGAAAAUCAUCAAGCCCGCCAACUCCGACGAGGAGAACUGGGAUGACGAGGAUGCCAAGGAGAAGCAGGAGGAACCAAAAGCUAUCGAUUCUAGCGCGGAGGGCAAGCAGUCAAAAAAGAAAACAAAGAAGCGCAAGAGAACCAGCAGCGAUGAUAACAGCUCCUCAUCUGACCAGGACUCCAGCUCCAGCUCGGAGGAUGAGGAUGAGGCCAAGCUAAAGGCAAAGUACGAUGUGGAGGAUGGACUCAGGAGCGAACAAAAGGCUGAGGCUGAGAAAGACAGAGAGGAAGCGGCCAAGGCAAAGGAGGCACCGAAAAGGCCCAGCGAAACGGAGACAGAAGAGAAAGCAGAUUCUGAACCACAAGAAGCAACCACCGAAGACAAAGAUGGCAAGCCAGUUAGCUCUCCGCAGGCAGAUCCUGCCGAGCAAAUGGAGACAGAAAAUGGUGGGUCAAGCCAAGCUGAGAACAGCGGAGAAAAAUCUGCUGCCGAAGAAAAACAAUUGGAGGAAAGCGAACCCAUUGACGUGGACAAGUUAAAAGAUGGCCAGCCACGUGCCCUGCAUCGCACCUCCUCAAUUUUUCUGCGUAACCUGGCACCUUCCAUAACCAGGGCCGAAAUCGAAGGCAUUUGCACUCGUUUUAGUGGCUAUUUGAGGGUGGCUAUUGCCGAUCCCCUGGUGGAGCGCCGUUGGUAUCGCCGCGGCUGGAUUACGUUUAUCCGGGACGUAAACAUAAAAGAGAUUUGCUGGAGCCUAAACAAUCAACGUCUGCGGGAUUGCGAAAUGGGGGCCAUUGUCAAUCGGGAUCUUAGUCGCCGCGUGCGCCCAGCCAACGGAAUCACAGCACACAAACAGGUUGUGCGAUCGGACAUCAAACUGUGCGCCAAGAUCGCCAUGAAUCUGGAUGACAGGUUCAAGCUGUGGACAGAGUCGAGCCCCGACGGGGCUGCCACCAGCGAAUCGUCAGCUAAUGGAAGCAGCUCCACCUACGGCUUCAACUCUAAGAAUCCGGUGCUGCAAAAUAUCACCGACUACCUCAUUGAAGAGGCUUCCGCCGAGGAGGAUGAGCUCCUUGGCCUGACUGGCGACAAAAAGGACAACGAGGGCGAGCCCAUCGAACGCGAUGAGCAGCUGCUGGCCGUGUUGGAUCGACUGGUUCUCUAUCUGCGCAUCGUUCAUUCCGUUGACUAUUAUAACCACUGCGAGUAUCCGUACGAGGACGAGAUGCCAAAUCGCUGUGGCAUUAUCCAUGCCCGCGGUCCUGCUCCCAUACGUGUCACAAAUAAUGACGUACAGGAAUACAUCAAGACGUACGAAGGAAAGCUGCAGCAGUUCCUUACAAAAACUGCUUUGCUUGGCGACGAAGAGAUCAAGGACUUGGGCUCAAAGGAUGCCGAGACCGAGGUGGAAAAGUUCGUGCAGGCCAAUACGCAGGAGCUGGCCAAGGACAAGUGGCUAUGUCCGCUGUCGGGCAAGAAGUUCAAGGGUCCCGAGUUUAUUCGCAAGCACAUCUUCAACAAGCACGAGGAAAAGGUGGACGAAGUGCGCAAGGAGGUGCAGUACUUUAACAAUUACCUGCGGGAUCCAAAGCGACCGCAGCUGCCGGAACAUCCUGGCAGCUCCAAGCGCCCUGAAGCGGAGUCUGGUCGUGGAGUGGGUGGAGGCUACCGCCAGCCCAUGUAUCCGCCGUUCUCGGCCAUGCCGUAUGGAUUUGGACCGCCCAUGAUGGGCGGAGGCCGUGGAGGACGCAACUUCCCACCAGCGCGCAGAGAAUUGCCUUUGGAACACCAGCGCCGGCUUAUCGGUUACCAUGAUUUGGAUGCGCCUGCCAAUUCCGAUAUGUUUGACUAAUUGAUUAGCACAAAUACAAAUGCAAUCCAAAAAAAAAGAGAGAAACCCACUUUAACGUUUGGCGAGCUCAAGUUUUAAACGCAAUUCAAGCAAUGCUAAUGCUAGGAAGAGUAUCAACUGCAUAUAAAAGAGGUUUAUAUACAUGCGACUACCGAUACCCCGAUACCGUACCCGUACCGUUUUCAUGUACAAUAUUAUGCCAAUUGUAUUAAGUAACCGACAAAGUAACGUUGCCAAUUUUUAUUUGCCCGAAAUAAAUGCGAGUCCGUCUUGUA